AUGCGAUCUGAAUCAGAUUGUUCUGUCGUGCCCAUUGGGCGCGUUUCUAUGGACAAUGCCUUUAAUGGCCAUCCUCGUAGGCGUAUACAACAAACAGGAACAAAGUUGAAUACAGGGGAACAAAGAAAGAAACCUUCUCUUAAAGACUUUCUUGGAGUUACUCCCCUCGACCUAUUCAAGAAAGCAAUCAACCCUGAUGAAGCGCCUGCACCCGUAAAGCUUUUGCAGAAACUUAUCGGGGGUUCCUCGGCUGGUGAACAGGAGCAGCAGCAGCAGCAGAACAGCAAUGACAGCAGCAGCAAUGGCGUGCAACCAUAUGUUGAUGCUCAAGCAUACAAGGGAGCUGAACAGACUCAGAGAGAACAACAGGAGGAGGGUACGGUGUUGCUGCAAGACGCGAUUGAAAGGCAGCAGCAGCAGGAACAGCCGCAGCAACAGCAGCAAGUGCCACAGAUGGACACAAGGACUAACCUAGAGAAAUAUCUAGGUAUGAAGAUGAGAGAGUCAAGAGGGCACAUGCAGUUCCCUCCCAUGGGUUGUCCUCCGGCCUCUCUGAUGCACAUGCAGCAGCAGCAACUGCAGCAGCUGCACAUGCAGCAGCAACAGCAGCAACAGCAGAACUUCGGCUGCAGCCCUGAUGGAUUAAUGCAGCAGCAAGCCCCUUACUACCCCCCAAACUUUAUGCCUGAUCAUUAUAUGCAAACUCAAGGAUUUAUGCAGCAGCCCAACCCAUACACCCCACAGUACCCUGCACCUGCAGCAGCAGCAGCAGCAGCAGCAGGACCUAUGUACCAACCCCAAGGAAUGUCCCCAUCAUAUCCGCAGCAGAUGUAUCCUUCCUAUGAGCAGCAGCAGCAGCAGCAAGGAUUCCCAUCUCCUUAUCCCAAUCAGCUAUCAGCAGCAGCUGCUGCUGCAUGCGCAGCUGGUUCUACUUCUCUCCCUCCCCAUCCCACCGCUGCUGCUGCUGCUGCUGGUGCUGCACCUGCUGCUGCUGCUGCUGCUAAUGAAGGACCUAUAACUCCUCCUGAAUGGAUGACGGGGCUGCAUGUAGAUGGAUCAGCAGAAUGGCUGCAGCAGAAGAGUUAUAUGCCCCAAGUACCGCAGUACAUGCAUGCAACAGCCCCAAUUCCUGCUGCAGCAUUUAAUGCAGGAUUUAAUUAUGCAACUGAAUUUAAAUAUUAUUAUAAUUAUUAUCCUGCUGAUGAAUAUGCUAAGGAGGUACAAGGAGGAGGAGGAGGAGCAGCAGAAGCAGGAGGAGCAGGAGGUGCUGAUAUACUACAACAGCAGGAAGAAGCUGAUGCUGCUGCGAAUGCUGCUGCUGCUAAUGCUGCUGCUGCUGCUGCUGCUGCCGCUGCUGCUGCUAAUGAUGCUGAGGGAGAAGAAGGAGGAGAAAAAGAAGAAAAUAAUAAAUGCCAACUUAAGCCACUUAUUACAUCCAAGACAAGACUUGAAUCAGGAAAAGCUGUACCCCUAUAG